AUGGCUGGUUCUUCCCAUCGCCACUCGACGCAGCACUCGACGCAACACUCGACACAACACUCGACGCAACAAUCCACACAGCACUCUGCACAAAACUCGCGCAGUACGAGCUUCCUGAGGAGGAGCAGCGGAUGGAUCAACCUUCGUCCUGCGUCGAGCGUCCUGGGGAGCGACAUCAUCCCGGACUAUGUGGUGAAUUUCAUGAGGGGCGAGACCCCGGAGUCACUCGCCCGAAAGCAGCACGAGCGCGAGGGCGGCAUUCGUGGCGCGGAGACGGGGCACACGAGGAACCAGCACUCACAACAGGGGGGCGAGUUCUUCCCCACGCAUUCGCGCAUGGGAUCGAGAGCCAACUUGGAGGACAUGCUGGGCAACGGGCCGAAGGGGAGUUUCCUCAAGAGGUUCAUGUCCGGAUGGAGGGGUGGCAUCGUGCUCAACAUGUCGCUCGCAUUCGCGAUCCUCGUGGCGGCGAUUGUGUGUGUCGUCGUUGCCGUCACCACGGGGCGGCUGGAGGCGGAGCCUACGAUGAUGGUGCAGGGGACCUGUAGCCGGGUUAGCUCGAUUGAUAUCGGGUUACACGUGCUGCUGAACGUGUUUGCUGUCUUUUUCAUUGUGUGCGCCAACUACGUUGGCCAGGUGCUGGUCAGCCCGACACGGACCGAGGUGGCGACAGCGCACAGCAAGCAAAAGGCGCUGGAUAUCGGCAUCCCCUCGGUGAGGAACUUGAAAGCUAUUUCAGCGGGUCGAGCUCUGCUGUCGGCCCUGAUUAUUGUCAUGGCCGUUGGCGCGCAAGUUGUCUACAACUCCAUCCUCUUUACGACUCGAAACGACGACGGAGCCUCUUGCGAGCUCAUGGUGAAUGGCGCUCUGCUAGGCGCCGUGGCCAUCCUCAACCUUGUCUUCAUCCUGGGGCUGGCGGCAGCACUCGCCCGACCGGCGUCCAACAACCCGCUCGUGACCGUCGGCGACGCCAUUGCCUCCUUCAUCACGGAGGCAGACCAGGCUACAGAGGGCGCAUGCCUCGUCACCAAGGCGGACAUCACGUCUGGGCGCUGGGGCUGCGGCGAGGCGCGGUACUGGUUCUCGCAGACGCACCGGUGGAUUGCGGUGCCGUCCAAGGUGCGAUGGGUAGGGUGGUUUGUGACCUGGCUUCUGCCCACAGGCAUGGCUGGGGCGAUGCUGGGCAUGGCUCUCGUGGACGGACCGAGGAACGCGUUUGGGUCCUUCACCAAGCCGACGGUGACAUACGCCCUGCCGCUGUCGAUCCCACGUCUCGGGGAGUCCAUGGUGCUGGCGCUGCCGCAACUCCUGCUGGCGGCCCUCUACUUCUCGACGAAUGCCAUCCUGACAGUGUUCUACCUCGCCCGGGAGUUUUCGCAGUUUGCGAUCCCGGGCAACUUUUGCGCCCUGCGCAUCUCGUCUGGCCAGCCGCUGGGCGCGCAGACGACGUCGUACUACCUGUCCCUGCCACGGCCGCUGUCGUGGGUGCUCUUCCUGCUCUUUGUGGCCAAGGGCUUCAUGUUGAGCCAGUCCUUCCAUCUGGCGGCCUUGGACUCGACGCCCUCGAUCAGUCUCAACCCCCUGCCGCUGGUGGUCCUCAUUGGCCUCCUGGCUGUCACGGCCGUCAUGGUCCUGGGCCUGUCGCUCAGGAGGUCGGACAUUGGGCCGGCAAGCGACGAAGGUCGUCGACCCGGGAACCCGCUGUCGCUCAAGGGCGGCUCGUGCUCAGCAGUCAUCAGCUCGCGGUGUCAUCGCUCUGCUGCCGAGGGGGCAGACAUUGCUGCUCUGCCGUUGACGUGGGGCGUGGUGACCGAGGGCAAGGUCGGUCACGCUGCGUUCUCGAGUCGGGACGUGGAACCCUUGACAGUAGCCAAGGCGUAUGCUUGA